GUCAGUAAUUCCAGCCAAUGCACGCGCGUUCUCUCAACGUUAGCUCCGACAAUACCAAAAUGGAGAAGCUGACAGAAUUUGUUUCGAAAUCUUUUGAUCCGAAGAAAAGUGCACUGAGCGUUCAUUAUUUGGCGCAGUCAGCUGCUAAAACAGACCCAGCAAGUGAAGAUCUCACUAAAUCAAGCCACGUGAAGAACAGAUUGGAGUUUCCAGAUCAAGGCAACCAGGAUCACUUCGAGACCAGCGAUCUCGGUUUCGUGGAAGAGGACGAAGCUUUGCCUCUGGUGUGCCAUAAGAAAGAAACUCCCUCACCCGUAAAUCUAAACGAUUCCCCGGACAUCGACUCAAACGAAUUCAAUACGCAUAACGAAACCAUGCUUCUUGCAAAAGAUGAUCUUCGGAAAAGGGUUCUGGGAUUCCCUUCAAAUAUUCCAAAUGAACUUCACAGGCUAGCCAAUCUUUCCCAAUUGCACAAUUUGAGCAGCCUGCUGCCUCCUACCGCGCAUCAUCCGUUGACCUACCAACUACCGUUGUUCUUCAGUCAUCAUCAGAAUUCAACAAGACAAUCGAUAGCUGAACACCAAAAGGACUUUCACCAACACCUGUCAUCCCGGGGUUUUGUAUCCUUCCCACCUUUCACGUCCCCUCGGCACUCCCCCACACGUACACCAGAGGGUAUUUCCCCUCCCACUCUUCCCCGAGUACUGAACCUCUUCCCCGAUAGGAGCCCCGGUCGUUACCCUGACAAUAACUCCAAAAUCGGGGAAACAAACUCUUCUUCUCAUGCAUCCCCCGGCUCUGCGUCGCAUGACGAGGAUGAAGACAUUGAUGUAGAGGCACCUCCCUCUCCCAAGAUCAACAAACCAAUAAAUUCGUCAUCAGAUAACCGAAGUGAUUCACCAGUAACGGCUGAAGAAGGUCUGGUUUCAGAGAAGCCAGCAAUGAACGAAAAUCGGGAACAGGAGCGCGGGAACAAGAAGCAAGGAAUGGAUGCUGAUUAUUCUACGAGUUCUUCACUAAGCAUAGAUACUUUGAAAUCUUUAGCGACUCACGAUCAGAAGGAUUCAUGCAACGAUGAUUUUUCCAACUCCUGUGAAGUAAACACCGACAAAAUUAACGUUUAUAAUAACAACAACAACAACCCUGGGUUUCUGAAGAUCAAACCACAAUCGAAGACCCGCCACAUCCUGCAGACCUUCGCUGUGCUGAACUAG